AUGACUUCUAUUGUCCAUAACCCCAUCAUUCCUGGCUUCGCUCCUGAUCCAUCAAUUUGCCUAAUUGAUGGGACUUACUUUCUGGUCAACUCCAGCUUCCACCUAUACCCUGGUCUGCCUAUUUACAGCUCAGAUGAUCUGAUUUCAUGGACGCAUACUGGAAACGCUAUCAACAGGCCAUCGCAACUAUGCUUAGCUCGAGCGACAACCUUUCUCUCGCCAUGGGAUGAUGGAACUACAAUGGUAGCCACUGGGGGAUUGUAUGCGCCAACUAUUCGACAUAGUCAUGGAACUACCUAUAUAAUUUGCACCAACGUUAUCCAUGGUCCUUCGAAUGUUUCAGGGGAUGAGCGAAGUGAACAGUUUAUCAUUCACACGACAGACAUUCGCUCAGGCAACUGGUCUGAUCCCAUCUUGUUUCCCUUUCCUGGAAUUGAUCCAUCUUUACUUUUUGACGAUGACGGUCGAGUCUAUGUUCAAAUAUGCAAGACAGGACCUCAGUUCCAGAUCUAUAAUUUCGAGAUCAACAUUACCACGGGGGAGAUGAUCUCGGAACCCACCUUGAUAUGGGAGGGAUGGAAGAAAGGAUACACAGAAGGACCGCACAUCUACAAAAAGGACGGCUGGUACUAUCUGCUGUGUGCUGAAGGGGGCACAUUUUCCUUUCACAUGUUGAGCAUCGCACGGUCAAGAAACGUUUGGGGUCCAUACACAUCCUACGAGAACAACCCACUUUAUACAGCCCACAACACUACAAACUAUGUUCAAAACACUGGACAUGGAGAUAUAUUUCAAGAUAAGCGUGGACAGUGGUGGGCUGUGCUGCUGGGAGUCCGCAAGAAACAAGGACGAUCCAUCAUGGGCCGGGAGAGUUUCCUCACAGCCGUGACUUGGCCUGACAAUAGCUGGCCAACUAUUGAUCCAGUCGUAGCCGACAGCGAUGCGGGCGUAGCGCCCAACUUGUCUCUGAUUCAUGCUUCAUCUUUUGUCUCGUGGGUCUAUCUGCGAGAUGCAAAGCUCGAUCGAUACCAAAUUCGAGGAAACAACAUCACGCUGCACGCAGACUUGGUAGAACUGACCAGCCCAGAGGAGUCAGUCACGUUCGUUGGCCAGCGACAACGUAAGAUCAAUGCUAGCGCGUCGGUGGUUCUACACAAGGCACAAGAUUCUAGAAAGCUUCGAGCGGGUCUGGCUCUGUACAAAGAUGAGCAUCGGUUUCUGUCUAUCGAGUAUGACUUUGAUAGCCAGCAGGUCAUUUUCCACGGACUGAACAAAGCAAAGUCUUUCUCGCAUACAAAGACUCAGGACAUUGAGUUUCAAGAUCUUUUGUCCUUGAAGAUAGUAUACACGGAAGCUUCUUUGGAAUUUUCCUUCAGUCAGACUGGAAUGCCAUGGAAUUCUCUAUAUACGGUGGACACAGCCUUGAUAACCGAUUACGACUUCACUGGUCCUGUGAUCGGAGUAUUUGCUUUAGGGGAUGGCAAUGAGGUGAAGUUCAGUGACUUUGAAAUCGAUGCUUAG